GGGGGAACGAGAGGAGGAGGCUGCGGAAACAUGCUCGACCCCCCUCCGCGGCAUUGGUUCUCUGCUCGCAUAUUCCAGAGUAUCACAAGAGACUAUUGGCGAGCAUGUAACAUAUUCACCCACACCUACCUCAUUAUUAUCAACAGGGUGGUGACGUGAUAUUUUGAAAGGCAAACUGACAGCUUACAAAUAGCCGCACAUCUCCCUAUUUGCAAUAUUUGCACAAUGUAAAGUUUGAGUGGUGUAGCUAGCCGCUAUCCGACGUUAGCACCUAGCCGUCAUCACAACAACCAAGCGAGCCUGAUACAAAUCUACAGGAACGCUCCUCGCAUCUACAAAUGGCAUCGAUAGCAGCGGCGACGCACGAGUCGAGCUCUGCGCUCGCUGAUGCUUUACUCCCGGCGAGCAUAUUCGCACCUGACCGUGGAGGAUGCGCGGACGACCCUGGGGACGAGUUCUACGAGGACGGGGACGUGGUCAACGGAGAGCCCGAGGACCGGAGGAUCGACUUUACAAGCAAGUUGGCCCUUGUCAGUCCAAAUGGAGAGCAGUAUGACUCCUUACUUAGCCAGCUAAAGGACAGAAUGGAAGAAGGGUCCGGAGAGACCAUCUAUGUGGUUGGGAUGGGUUCAGAUGGUGGCGAUUGGGGUCUCAAUAAAAAGGACAUGGAGGCUUCAGAGGCCACGGUGCGAUCUAUGUGUGCACAACUGGACUCUGAUCUGAUCCCGCUAAGGGAGCGCACUGAAGCGGAGGGUUUGGUACGGGAUUAUCUGAUUCGUCGGCGUGUGGGGGAGCUGGACUUCCUAGAGGUCAGGGUGGCAGUGGUAGGGAAUGUGGAUGCUGGUAAGAGUACUCUUUUAGGAGUGUUAACACAUGGAGAGCUGGAUAAUGGCAGAGGCUUCGCUCGCCAGAAACUUUUCAGACACAAGCAUGAGAUGGAGAGCGGCAGGACCAGCAGUGUGGGAAACGAUAUACUCGGAUUCGACCAAGCGGGACAGGUGGUGAACAAACCGGACAGCCAUGGAGGAAGUCUGGAUUGGACCAAAAUUUGUGAGAACUCCUCAAAGGUUAUCACCUUCAUCGAUCUGGCCGGCCAUGAGAAAUACCUCAAGACCACCGUGUUUGGAAUGACGGGACACUUACCAGACUUUUGCAUGCUCAUGGUCGGCAGUAAUGCAGGGAUUGUGGGCAUGACCAAAGAGCACCUGGGUCUGGCCCUAGCCCUCAACGUUCCCGUCUUUGUUGUGGUGACAAAAAUAGACAUGUGUCCAGCUAACAUCCUGCAAGAAACAUUAAAGUUGCUUCAGAGGUUACUGAAGUCCCCUGGCUGCAGGAAAAUCCCUGUCCUGGUGCAGAACAAGGACGACGUCAUUGUCACGGCAUCCAACUUCAGCUCUGAGAGGAUGUGUCCCAUUUUUCAAAUCUCAAACGUGACUGGAGAGAACAUGGACCUGCUCAAGAUGUUCCUCAACCUGCUCUCAUCCCGGACCUGCUACAGAGACGACCAGCCAGCUGAGUUUCAGAUUGACGACACCUACUCUGUACCGGGAGUUGGAACAGUAGUAUCUGGAACUACGUUACGUGGACUAAUUCGUCUGAACGAUACUAUGCUCCUGGGGCCAGACCCUUUGGGCAGCUUCAUUCCCAUCGCCGUAAAAUCAAUUCACCGCAAGCGAAUGCCUGUGAAGGAAGUCCGAGGGGGUCAGACUGCCUCGUUUGCACUUAAAAAGAUCAAGCGUUCGACGAUAAGGAAAGGCAUGGUGAUGGUGUCCUCAAGGUUGAACCCACAAGCCACUUGGGAGUUUGAGGCAGAGAUUCUUGUUCUACAUCACCCCACUACGAUAUCACCCCGAUACCAGGCUAUGGUCCACUGUGGCAGCAUAAGGCAGACCGCCACCAUCUUGUCCAUGAACAGAGACUGCUUACGGACAGGAGACAAGGCCUCUGUCCACUUCCGCUUUAUUAAGACCCCCGAGUACCUUCACUGUGACCAGAGGCUGGUGUUCAGGGAGGGACGCACAAAGGCUGUAGGGACCAUCACAAAGCUCCUGCAGUCCACCAAUAAUUUGCCAUCAAACUCCAAACCUCCACAGAUAAAAAUGCAAUCCACGAAAAAGACACAGUCUCGAAAAGAGGACGGCACCACAGCAACCGGCGACGAGGGCAUGACGAUAUCACAGUCAUCGGGCCCAAGCACGACACAUGUGAGAUACAGAGUACAAAAAAUAGACAAAUACCAAACUGGAUUCUGCUUAUUAUCUUUCUCUUGUGAACUCACACUGUUAACUGCUUCUCUAACUUGUCAACUCUUCUGUGUCCUUAUUCUAUUCUUGGAACAUCUCAUUCAUCCAUUCAAACUGUAUCAUACAUCAUGUGUCAUAUUCUCACCUCUCUGCUUGCGUGGCUGGCUCCCGAAAGGGAGAGGGGGAGGAGGACCCUCAGUUAAAGGAGGGCAACAAAGAGAACAAGCCAAAGACGGGAGGAGGUGGAAGAAGAAGAGGAGGCCAGCGACACAAAGGGAAAGGACAGAACAACUCUGCAGCAGUAGCCUCCACUUCAGGAACAGGAUGCUGAACUGACUCCACUCCCUCUUUGCUUACCUCCCUCUCCAUCAAUCAUUCCAGCUAUUUUAGUGCAAAACACUCCUCAGUCUUACUCCUCAUUGCCUUUUAUACCAGGAUUUUAUUAUCAAGGGAACAUGAAGAUUGGAUUUUAUGUCAAUAAAUCUGCCAUCACUGUUGAGAAUGGUUUACAUGACACAGUCGAGAAUAGUUUGUCACAAUCAUUAUUUUUAUUUAUAAUUUUUUUUUAUAAAGUGGCUUAAUGAUAGGAAGGGGGGGUAAAACCCAAAUCAAGGGUCCAAGAAAUACGAGCAGCUAAAAGUGACACUUGCCCAUGCAUUUCCUGUGAAUUUGCAAUGAAAAGAAUAUUUCGUGUACUAUUUAUACUUGUUUGCACCCUGGUUGAAAAUAUAAAUAUACAACUGAAUGUAGCAGGGAACACAUCCUGUUAAUCCUAGAUGUAUGGAAACUAUAAUACUAGCCGUUAAGUUUUAUAAUUGUCAAUCUAUUUGGCAUUCAUGCAAAAUUUUACCCUUGGAUACUUGUUCUUAAUUUUUAACCUUGUAUCACUUGUGAUCUUCUACCCACUAGUGUGCUACAACAUGGCUCCACCCUACAGUAAUCUUGUCUCCCCAGCAGUCACUCAUGAUUCUAAGACAUGCAGUGCUAAUUGUGAACUCUAGUACCUAUUGUGUUACAGCUUGCUACUGUUAACGUGACA